AUCGGAGGUGUUACCGCCAAAUGAAACUUGUUAAGCGGUAGAUAAAAAUGCACGUCUUUUUAAAAAUGGGUUUUGAUUAAAAUCAUGUUAUGGACAUAUUGCUGUUUUCAAAAAAGCAAAAUCUUCAUAAUUUUUUUCUCGCCAUCAACCAACUUACGUACAUUUCCCUUUAAGAUUCUUUGAUAAUGGCUGUCUCUCUACAACGAGUAAAGGAUCGUUUAUCAAAGUUUAAAGAAGAGAUUGAUCUUGCUGAAGAGAAGGAAAUACAGGCGAAAAAUGACUUACUGCAGGCAGUGGAACGGUUAGAGAAGACUCGUAACGAGGUACUUGCUCACAAAAGACGUUUGGUCUUGGUGAAAGAUGAUUUGGAUAAAGUGAAUGAACGGAUUGAAAUAUCGAAAGCAAAGUUAAAUCAUGCUGAGGGUAGGCAUGGCGGCGACGAUGAACUGAGACAAGAGUUUGAAAUUACUGAACUAGAACGAGAUGAAGUGCUUGCAACGCUAGAGGAGCAAUGUGAGACAGCGAAAAGGCUGAAAAACGAGGCACACAAUGUCCUUGUGGACGGGGAAAGGAAGCAAGCUGUCCUGGAAGAAGAGGUUCAACGUACGGAUGAGCGUAUUCGUAUUGCAGAAGAGCGUGUAACUGCACUCAAGUCAAAGGUGAACGACAUGGCUGUGGAGAUACGGACUCUGGAGGAUCGGGAUAAUGAUGCUGCCGAACGAGAGGAGCUUACAGAAGAGAAGUUAAAGUUUUUGGAAGAUCAGUUGCGUGAGAUGGACGAACGAGCAGACAUGGGGGAACGUGACGUUGCAAAAAUUGAGAUUAUCAUUCAGAAUUGUUACAACGAACUGAAGACAUUCGACCUUAAGACUCAAAAAGUACAACAUGAGGUUGCGGAAAUUGGACGACUGGCUGAUAUGCAACUGGAUGAAUAUCCUGAAUAUUGUUCAGAGUCUCAACCUGAAGUUGACCAUAUGUACGAAAAUGAGCAAGAACCGUUUGAGAAAGAAACCGACGAUAGUGAAUAGGAACAGAGAUUUACAUAUAUUUUUUGUUAGACACGAAAGACUUAGUAUUUUUUGCAACCAUAAUCAUAGAAUAAUACUAUCCAAA